AAAUUAGUUCCAAUGUUUGGGUUUGUCGUUUGUGGUUAUUUUACUUUGUUUUAUUAUUAAAAAAUGUAAUAUUCAAUUAGAUCAGAUUAUGAUUACAAGUACUAAAUAGUAAUUUCGCUAAGUUUUGUAAAUAAAUGAGAAUCGAUUGUGUUUAUAUGUGAGUGCAAAUCGCUGACUCUAAAACUGAAAAUGUCUUCAAAGAGUGAAUUAAAAAAACUGUCUGAAGAAAGUCUAACAAGACAACCUGAAGAAGUUUUCGACAUAAUCUGUAAACUUGGCGAGGGGUCUUAUGGCUCCGUAUACAAAGCACUGCACAAAGAGAGCGGACAGGUUCUUGCAAUAAAACAAGUACCAGUGGACACAGACUUGCAAGAAAUCAUUAAAGAAAUUUCCAUAAUGCAACAAUGUGACUCCCCUUAUGUUGUUAAAUAUUAUGGAAGCUACUUCAAAAACACGGAUUUAUGGAUUGUCAUGGAGUAUUGCGGAGCAGGAUCCGUAAGUGAUAUUAUGAGAUUAAGAAAGAAAACUCUUCAAGAGGAUGAAAUUGCCACAAUUCUAUGUGAUACACUCAAGGGUUUGGAAUACCUUCAUCUUAGACGAAAAAUUCAUAGGGACAUUAAGGCUGGAAACAUUUUGCUCAAUAACGAAGGACAUGCUAAAUUAGCCGACUUUGGUGUAGCUGGUCAAUUAACGGAUACAAUGGCCAAACGGAACACUGUUAUCGGUACUCCCUUUUGGAUGGCACCUGAAGUCAUUCAAGAAAUAGGUUAUGAUUGCGUAGCGGAUAUUUGGUCUCUUGGGAUAACAGCACUUGAGAUGGCAGAGGGUAAACCACCCUACGGGGAUAUCCAUCCGAUGAGAGCAAUUUUUAUGAUCCCUACGAAGCCACCACCCAGUUUCAGAGAGCCUGAUCAGUGGAGUCCAGAAUUCAUAGAUUUUGUAAGUGGUUGCCUUGUCAAAAAUCCAGAAGAAAGAGCUACUGCCACUGAGUUAUUACACCAUGAAUUUAUAGGUAAUGCCAAACAGCCAAGUAUUCUCAGUCAAAUGAUCGCAGAUGCACACGAGAUGAGAGAGAAGCAAAGUGCACAUAGAGCACAUAUGAUUAAUAAUGUAGCAAUAAAGAGUCAGCAAAACACAGAAGACUCGGACGACGAUGAUUGUACAGGAACAAUGAGACCUCUUCCUGAAGAUUCAGGAACUUUAGUACCUUCUCACGAUCUUCCGGAUACAGGAACUCUGGUUUCCGGUAUUUUAGAUCUGGGGACCAUGGUUAUUAACAGUGAUACAGAUACGGAAGCAACGAUGAAAAGGCAUAAUACUGGUUCAGUUGAAUCGGGAAAGAAAUAUAGACCACUAUUUCUAGAUCACUUCGAUACAAAGGAAACACCAGAAAUAGGAAAGGGAAACGGUCAGAUAUUAGGAGUACAAAAUCCUGAAAUAGAGAAUAAAAUAGAUUUACAGAAUCCAGUAGAAUCUCAAAGGUUUCAAAACAAUUUACAGUUACAACUGAAUCAAAUUUCGCAUCCAAUGCCAGAGCAACCCCAUAAUAACAUAUCUAAGUUUCAAAAUCCUUUCACAGAAAGGGAUUUCGAUUUUAUAAACAACCAUAUCCUGCAGCUGAAGUUUCUCUCGUAUGAGGAACUGCAGCAACGAAUGGCGAGUUUAGAUGCCGAAAUGGAAAGAGAAAUAGACGAGCUUAGAAGAAGGUAUCAAACCAAGAGACAGCCAAUCCUCGAUGCCAUGGAUACUAAACGUAAACGUCAACAGAACUUCUAACAGUGUUGUACCCUGUUCUUGCGUGGAUGAAGCAUGUGUGUGAUAGGUCAAACGUGUACAGUUGUACAAAUUCAUAGAUUUUAUUCUAUAGUUUUCUCCAGAUUUUCUCAAAUUUAGUCAAACUGAAUAGGAGAAAUAUUAAUUUAAUGUGAAAAAUUAAUUUUUACCUUUGCUUUUGUUGUUAAGCAAUCAAUACUGUUAUGUUGAGAAUCAAAAGAAAUAAUUGUUAUUUCGUUACUCCGAUUUUUCAUAGUGAAGAGGCGAAAUUUUUUAGAUUUUACAAAAACUCGAUUUAGAAAACGCAAAUUGUAAUAUAGGUUAAGUCUGAGUGGUGUUUAUUCAAUUUUUUGUCGAAUUAGAAAAAUUUAUGAUUGAAUGAUUAUACUUAAAAGGUUUCAACAUUUUUGCCCUUUAUUUGCAAGCAGAGUUGAUAUAAAUGACUAUUAUAAAUAAUUUUAAAAAUAACCAAUGCAACUAUUACGGUAAUUUCUUUCAUGUCAAGGAAGGAAUGAAUGAAAAUAAUUACAAAUAUUUUAUAUUCUCAAAAAAUUUUAAAUACAUUUAUUCCAUUUUAAUCAUUUAAUUGAAUUUUUUAGUUUUUUUAUUAUAAAAAUAGAAAAAUUAUUUACUUGAUAUCCAUCACUGACUACGAUACCGCAUCAAUUGACAAUAAGUGAUAAAUUAUGUAAGAAAGUCACUGUUUUGAAAUCCAUUAAUUUUUAAAAAUCAAAUAAUUCUGUCAUGUUUAAAAAAAUAACAUUAAUCACAUUUGAGAAAUACAUUUCAACUUAAAGAAAAGUUUGAAAAUAUUUUUUUAAGAAGUUUUUAAAAUUUUACAUUUAAAGAAAUGUUUGCGAAAUCAUUUAGAUGGCGAAUUUGAAACCUAUGUUUAGAAACUUUGCUUGCAACUAAUAUUAAUUAAGUAAUAUGUAUUUAUUGUAAGAUUUGAAAAAUCUAGGGUUGAAAAAAUGCUAGCCAUUAAAAAUAGUGAGUCACUGUAAAGUAUUUUCAUUUAUCAGGUCAAUUAUGCUUAAAAAAUUAUUAUUUAUAAAAAUCUAUUUGUUCUAAAAAAUUUUAUACCAACUGCAUAUUUUGGUUAAAUAAAAAGCAAUUAAAAUGUUCAACUAAUGUUUUCUACACAUAAAUGGUAAUGAAGUUUUAUUCAAAAUUAA